CUCCAUCCGGCAUCCACUUUCUCAUUUCUUCCCUUCAUUACUGAUUCCCAACAACACCAGAACCUUGCAUCCAUUAUCAUCAACUUCUUUCCUCCUUCCAAGUUCCAAUCGUUCCCUUCAGCAAAGCCUCUUGCCAUCAUCGUCAUCAUUAAAGAAGCCGCUCCAUCUAUCUCCGAGAGUCAUUAUUGCCACCGCCAGCAACAGGAGGAGGAAGCUAACGAAAGCUCUAGCACUCGUCCCAUGCGUCAUCUUCCCCGCCGCAUCGCUGGCCACAUCACCGAUCAUUGCCAUUUCCGGAGAAACGCCACACUACUAACUAGUGUCGAUUCCAUUCAUGUCUUCCACUCCCUGUAGAGACUAGUAAGUACGUACGGGGUGAUCGAACGACAAUCUAAACAAGGAACGGGGACUCUAAUGACCUGAAUCGAGGUCUAGGCACGACUACAAGGUAAGGAGAACCGAUCCCUCGAGUUAAAAUCGAUGUUUACAUGAUUAGAUACGAG